UCCGAGCGAGUUGCUGACCGUGUGUCUACACCGGAGUUCGUAUGUAGUGCGCAUCGCUCUAAUUUAUGCUCGACUACUGUAACUCGACGAAUCCCAGACGGUUCGCAUCGCAACUCGCUGACAAUCUGUACUCUUGUCUGCAGCCAGUGAGGCUACGCCUGCAACACGAAACCAACGUUAGACUCGCUAAAGGCUGCCUGCUCGACCGUGAACGAGAUUCGUGACUAUUUGGUAGUGCGUUGGAGGGGGCAAGCUAUUUGUCGAUGAUGACUGUGUCUUCGAGUGAUGGAGGGGCCUACAUUUCGCCUACUUUAUUGUUGAGAGCUUUGGGUUAUGCUCUACUCGUUGGUGGUUUGAAUACGGUUAUUUGGACUCGAUUGUUGCCCGCAUUUGCUGAGACGUCUCUGUUUGUGGUUUGGACGUAUUAUUGGUGGACACUUGCGACCACUCGGUCUCACUUGGUGUCGAACUCUGGUGACGUAGCGAGGCUCAUCGGUCACCUGGCUGCUUGUGAAGUCGGUGUCGAGAUUGUGGGCUGGGCUGCGGCGCUCGACGCGAACCGUGCGCUCGGCAAUUUGGCCGUGGCGCUGUUGGUGAUUCCGUGCCUCAGCAGACUUGUUAAUCUUACGUUGUUGUACGGUCUGCUGUUGUCGGUGACGGUAGUUGUUAGUCGCCUCGUGUUACAGUACGCUCAUUUGCCGCUGUCUCCUGCUCUUCGUGCUCUACUUUCACUUUCGUUUGGAUUUCUCACGACGUCUCUGGCUUUGAUAAUCGUGAACGUCGAGGAACGGAAGGAAAGAAAGAUGCAAGGAAAUGAUCAGUGCUUGGGUGUGUGGGAAAACGAUGCUGCGUCGAAGUCGUCGUUGAAAAAGAGACGGUAUUCGUCUUUCGUGAGCGCCAAGACGAAAUCUACGGUUCAUGGUGUUGAUAUGACGACAGUGAUAGAAGCGCAUGGUUUAUUGUUGUCGGCCGUAGAGCAAGCGCCUUCUGAGCUGCAAGAGAAGCUCAGAGGUAUAGCUAAACUGUUGGCAUCUCAGGCACCGACUAUGGAUGUAACGGUACAGCCUAAACGACCGUCUAUAUUGACUUCAUUUUCGAGGAUGAAGGCACAAGAAGCCGAGGAGGAUGUCGAAGAGUUAGAUGAAACUGCUAGUGCAAUGGCAUAUCACCAGAUGCAUAGAAAGUUUACAUUCACGACUGUGACAGAUUCGAUGGGUCUACCCAAGUGUGACGAUCAGCCGACUGAGCUACGAUCUCGUAACAACUCGUUGCACUUGCGUAGAAGUGGUAGUCGUGGAUCGUCGUUGGAUACUCAAAAACGACCCGAACUUUCUGAAAACAUGAGCACAAGUGCACCUUCAGACCUACAUGUACCAUCAAGAUUGAGUACUACUGCUUCUACUAGUUUUAUCCGAAAAGUGGGUAAUCUAGCUGACACAGCAAAGUCCAGUGGAUAUCGAAACCGGUCGCAAUCCGUCGACUAUUCGGUGUUGUUGAGUGGAUCUCGUCUUCAGGCUAUUACCGAGUUGGAUACCGGCUCUCACAACAACAACAAGCACCUUGGGCCUCCACCGAAUACCGAAAGGGCAGUCUCUGUUGGUCCUGAAGAAAAGGAGAGUACGAAGACGAAAGACGAAGUCGGGUUAGAAGGAAUGUUGACUCCUCCGGAUGCAGCUUGUAAACUCUUAAGCACGGUCAAUCACUGGGACUUUGAAAUUCUUAAGUUGGCCGAACUGGACGAUGACAGAGUGUUAAGCUAUAUGGCUCAUAAGGUCUUCUCCAUCUCUGGCCUCUUCAAUCUGUUUCAGUUUCCAGACAGGGAGUUCUACUUGUACUUUAGAGCACUCGAGUCGGGAUACCGCAAGUCUAAUCCAUACCACAACCGAAUUCAUGCAGCCGACGUUGUUCAUGCUUGCUAUUACUUAAUGUCAGGACCAGUGCCCGGUUUUGCUGAUUGUCUUCCACCUAGUCCGACUACUGGAGACAGUGAUCAGGACAGUGGUGUUAGCAGUAACAGCACGGUGCAAGGUUCGUCUGAGGAUUCGCCAAAAUUUAGUCGAUCGAAUACUCCGGUGGCCGAGAGCAAUACCAGUGCACUCUUUGAUGCUUUUCCGCCUUUGGAGGUGCUAGCAUUGUACAUGGCUGCCGCUAUGCAUGACUAUGAUCAUCCUGGAAGAACAAAUGCUUUCUUAGUCGAGUCAGGCCAUGAGCUGGCUGUUUUGUACAAUGAUCACUCGGUCUUGGAAAACCACCACGUGGCAUCGGCAUGGAAACUCCUCACGUCUGAUAGUCGUUAUAAUUUUCUUAAACAGUUAGAACCGGCAGAAUUCAAGAGGUUACGCUACCUUGUUGUCCAACUCGUUCUUGCAACUGACUUGAAAAAGCAUUUCGAUAUCUUAGCGUUGUUCAAUGCAAAGACGGAUGUAUCUGAUGCUUGCUGCAUCGAUUGGACGUCGGAGCAAGACCGACUUCUAGUUCUUCAAAUGAUCGUCAAGUUGGCCGACAUCAGCUCUCCUGCCAAGAAGUAUGAUAUACAGAUUCAUUGGACUACUGCUAUAUCAGAGGAAUUCUAUCGACAAGGUGACGAGGAGCAGGAAAGGAAGAUGCCGGUUGAAAUGUUCAUGGACCGGUCAAAGCCGCAGUUGGCCAAACUGCAAGUUGGUUUCAUUCGUAAUUUAGUUGCACCCCUCUUCAAUAGCUACGCAGCAGCAGGUCUGCUGCCGGGACAUCUGGACGAAUCUGUAAAUGAGCUGGAACCCGGAUUUGGUCAAGAGAUCGUAUGCGACAGCCAAGCUAAUAAUUCACCAAAGUUUCUGUCGCCCGUUCUACUCAAUCUUCAGUCAAACUUCCACUACUGGGAAUCAUUAGUAAAGGAGGAGCAAGUGAAGGAAUGGAAAGAGCAACGUAAGGCGGUUAUUCGACAAGCUGCUCAGAUAGCAGAGGAAUGGCAAAAGCGAUUUGAAGAAAAGAGAAAGAAAAGUAUUAGCGACAAUGAACACCAGCUGCCAUCUCAAUUGGCGGGCAAUGGGUGUGCUGUAGAUAAUCAAGAUAGCAUAGUAGGUUCUCACGUAAGGUCGCAAAAUGAUGGCAGCAGCAGCAGCAAGGACGAAACAGAUGUGCCUUUACUAGAGCAAGCCCAGUGUUGAAGUAGAGGAAGAUUGGUAUAACAUUGUUAUUAGCAGUAGUUUUUUUGGAUUAGGAGCGCGUUGUAAAUUGUGUAGCAUUAGUUUCCUAGCUGAGACUGUAUAUACAGAGAUAUUUAUCGUUCAGUAAAUUAAAUGGGGCGAGUUACAAA